AUGUGUGCCCCAGGCUUAGAAGAUCCAGCCCGGCAAUUGUAUGUGCUGCCAAGGAGUUGUAUUUCAGCCAAAGACGGGACUACCAUUAGGAAACUUCAGGCUGGUGUCAACAAGCUUGCAGACCUAGUUGGUGUUACACUUGGAUCGAAAGGACGAAAUGUUGUUCUUGAGAGCAAGUAUGGAUCACCAAGAAUUGUUAAUGAUGGUGUCACUGUUGCUAGGGAGAAACAUUGUUUCAACAGUGAACUUAUACUGCAAGCCAUAGUUUUGCAGGCUCGUAAUGCUGAAUCUAACCCCAAGGUGUGUACAGGAGCCAAGCGUGAACAACUUUCAAAGCUGGCUGCAAGAAAGUACGCUCGGAUUGUUCAAAAGCUUGGCUUUCCUGCAAAGUUCAAGGAUUUCAAGAUUCAGAACAUUGUAGGGUCUUGCCAUGUCAAAUUCCCCAUUAGGCUUGAAGGUCUUGCAUACUCUCACAGUGCUUUCUCAAGUGAUGAAACAACCAAAGAUUGUACUCCUUAUUUUUGUGUCAGGAAAGAUUAUUCUAACGGGAGCCAAGGUAAAUUAAUCUUACACAUUCUCUCAGAAGGAUUUAAACACAUAUUUUGUCAUUAAAAAAAUACUUGGGGUCAGUCAUCUGAUGAAAUCUUUUGAGGUUACACUAUCAGAAAAGGGAAGAGACUUGCAGAGCCUUUGAGAAUAUCUACCCAGUUCUUACAGAGUUCAGGAAAAUCCAGCAAUAACACUACGUUAGUCUCCAACUUUCUUUAUCCUUUGUAUUUUUUUUUUUAAACAUACCUCUCGAGUCAAGCAAUGGUAGCCUAUACAUCAAAAUCAAAAAAAAGAAAAACAUGUUCACGUUUGGACUGCCAUGAACUAGAGAUCUCGGUGGUGGUAGCAAGCGCCUUGAUGAGGUUCGGUUCGGUUCAGCUUGUAAACCAAAAAAAUGCAAAUACAGUAAUGGAGAUUCUCUCUCUAGAUAUAUAUAUAUACACACAUAUAUCUUUUCUCCUUUUGGUAUGUUCUAAGUUUCUUCCGAGUAUCUUGUUUCCUGUAAUGAUUGUUUUAGUGGCUAAUAAUACCCACAUCGUUAAAGAGUAGCUUAGGACGUCUCUGCUAACCGUCUGUAAUGAGAAACCAAAGUCUCUGUAAUAAGCUCGUUAACUCAAUUUGCAGCUUUA